UUGCGGGGCGGGGCUUUCGCAGAGCAUGGCGGCGGGCGAGCUUGAGGGUAGCAAGCCCCUGAACGGGCUGCUGAAUGCGCUAGCCCAGGACACUUUCCACGGGCAUCCCGGCAUCACAGAGGAGCUGCUACGGAGCCAGCUGUAUCCAGAGGUGCCACCCGAGGAGUUCCGCCCCUUUUUGGCAAAGAUGAGGGGGAUUCUUAAGGGCGGUGGAGGUGUGGGGGCUAAGGACGUGGCAGGCCAAAAAGUCAACAUUUGGGCAGAAAACCAGUCUAUUGCGUCUGCAGACAUGGAUUUCAACCAGUUGGAAGCAUUCUUGACUGCUCAAACCAAAAAGCAAGGUGGGAUCACAUCUGACCAAGCUGCUGUCAUUUCCAAAUUCUGGAAGAGCCACAAGACAAAAAUCCGUGAGAGCCUCAUGAACCAGAGCCGCUGGAAUAGCGGGCUUCGGGGCCUGAGCUGGAGAGUUGAUGGCAAGUCUCAGUCAAGGCAUUCAGCUCAAAUACACACGCCUGUUGCCAUUAUAGAGCUGGAAUUAGGCAAAUAUGGACAGAAAUCUGAAUUUCUGUGUUUGGAAUUUGAUGAGGUCAAAGUCAACCAAAUUCUGAAGACGCUGUCAGAGGUAGAAGAAAGUAUCAGCACACUGAUCAGCCAGCCUAACUGAAGAUGACGUAUGAAGGAGUUGGAAUUGUUGAAACCAAGGUGUUCAUGAUCCCUCUCCACUGACCUUUUUUAAAAAAAUUCUUGUGCCCGCAUUGGUAUUAAAUCCUCGCAUUCAAUCUUCCCGCC